CUUAAGUAUUUAUUUUAAUCUGUGGUUUAUUGACUAGUAAUAUUUCAGUAGUGAACGGAGUGUGUUGUGUUAUCUUUUUUUUUAAUAUUUUUAGACAUAAGAGCAAUACAGUAAUAAACCAAGGAAAAUAUUCUUCGGAAUGGUCUCCAACAUGAUUAAGCAUGUCUUUCUUGUAUUUCGGGCAUACCUGGACCUCUUCAUUGAUAUGGUCUAUGGAUACUUUUGGGAGGGAAAGAGAAAACCUAUACCGGCCUUGGAGAAGAGACAUGCAAUCCUUACGGAGAGUGCAGUGACCCUGGCUGCGAAGAUCAGAAAUAAAGAGCUGAAGUCUGGAGAUCUGGUGAAAGCAUGCAUUGAGAGAAUCCAACAGGUAAACCCUGUAAUAAACGCGGUGACGGAUGAACGGUACGAAGACGCCUUGAAGGAAGCGCGUGAGGUGGACAAGCUGAUUGAGAGCGGACUCCCUGAUGACUACUUCCUAAAGAAACCGUUUUUAGGCGUCCCAUUCACGGCUAAGGAGAGCCAUGCAGUGUCGGGUAUGUUGCAUACACUAGGCAUAGUGUCCCGGCGACACGUGCGGGCGCAUGAGGACGCGGAGUGCGUGCGCCUCCUUCGAGACGCCGGCGCCAUACCCGUCGCUGUCACCAACGUGCCCGAGAUUAAUAAGUGGAUGGAGAGCCGUAACUACGUGUUUGGUCAGACGAACAACCCACACCACUCGGGGCGCACCCCCGGCGGCUCCAGCGGGGGCGAAGCCGCGCUACACGCCUGCAUUACUGCCCCCAUCUCCUUAUGUUCGGAUAUCGGCGGGUCUACUCGUAUGCCUGCAUUCUUCUGCGGCCUGUACGCUCUCAACCCCACCUCUGGAUACACCAGCCUUAAAGGUUCAGCUCUCCGCACUGGUAAGGAAAAGUCGAUGGCCUCCAUCGGCUUCAUCAGCCGCCACUGUUCCGACCUGAUACCACUCACCAAGCUCGUUGUCUCUGCUGAUAAGGUCAAGGAACUGAACCUGGAUCGACCUGUUGAUGUUAAAAGACUGAGGUACUUCUACGUGGAGACCGCACAAGAUCUACGCGUGAGCCCCAUCUCUGCUGACCUUCGUGCUGCUAUGAACAGGGCUAUAACAAAGCUGACGGAAGACACGGCGUCAACAGAGAACGCGCCCAAACCGUACUACCACAGCGGGUUCAACCACAUGUUCGUACUAUGGAGGUACUGGAUGACUCACGAGGAAGACGUCUUCGCUGAACUCCUCACCAACAACAAGGGAACUGCUAAGUUCUAUAAAGAGUUUCCUAAGAAGUUGCUGGGCUUGUCCGACUACACACUACCUGCCAUACUGAAGUUGCUGGACGAUCAAGUGCUGCCCCCUGUCAAUAAAGAGUGGGCGGAAAAACUCACAAAGGACUUAACGGAUGAUCUUAUUAAGUUGCUGGGCGACGACGGAGUCCUCUUAUUCCCCAGCAGUCCACUAGUGGCUCCGUACCACUACUCCCCCAUAGUGCGGCCCUUCAACUUCGCUUACUGGGCCAUCUUCAACGCGCUGCAUUUCCCCGCUGCACAGAUUCCUCUAGGGCUGAACAGUGACAAAGUACCAGUUGGCAUACAAGUAGUAGCGGCGCCCCGCCAGGAGGCUCUCUGCGCGGCCGUGGCCCAGCACCUGGGCGAAGCCCUAGGGGGCGUAGUCCCGCCCUGCCAGAUACUGCAGUAGGCUUUUAUUUGGGUGUCAUUUUAUGUGAAAUCAGUGCUUUUAUUGUGAACAGAUUUAAUAAUAAUUUUCAAUAAGCUACAUUCCAUCCGUACUUUUAAGUAUAAUACUCAGAUUAGCUAUUCAAUUUAUAUGUUAUUUUAAAACACAAAAUGCGAUAAUUCGUCCCGUGUAAAACGUCUACUAGCAUAUCGUAGGUAUGCUCAGAUAUGAACCGAUAUUUAUUAUUUAUAAAAAUAU